UAUUAAUUAAAAUACAAUGUUUAAACAUAGAAGAACCACUAAGAUUCCCAAAAUCUUUUAUACUGUUAUUCCAUUUUUAAAGCUUACAAAAUUGUCAGCAUAACAACAUUGGUUCAGUGACUAAAUACAGUCUAGAUAACUCGUAUGCUAAUUCAGUAUAGCAGCCACGCAUGUGAAUCCGCGGGCUAUUCCUAGCUAUCUAUGUCUCUCGUCUCGUCUCGAGAUCCCUACUAAUAUUCUUAAUGCGAAAGUGUGUCUAUUUUCUGUUUCAUUUCUUACAUUCACGUCACAAUGGAGAGAUUAUUAUGGUAUAAUUUUAUGGAGAAGGCAAGAGACGGGCUAUUUCUUACCACGAGAUAUAAUUCUAAUAACGAUGAGGCACAGGGUGUCAAUGGUUAAAUGGCCCCUGAGAAAUUUAUCUGUAAGACAAUUCAACACAGCAUCCGCUGAUAAACAAGCGAACGAUGGGAGUGAAAUAGGUUUACGAGGUCAAUGUCCAAUUCAGAGCCAGCGCGCUAGAUCAACACACGCAGUUGCUACACCUGCGUUUGAGACUCUAACUCCCUCUGUGAGGAGUUGGGAGGAGGUACCCGGCCCAAAACCCUUGCCUCUAUUGGGAAACACGUGGCGUUUCAUACCGUAUAUUGGUGGAUAUUCAGUAGAACAUGUAGACAAGGUGUGCAUGUCCCUUCGCCAGCAAUAUGGCAAAUGCGUCAAGAUGGCCGGCCUCCUGGGCCGACCUGACAUGCUAUUCGUGUUUGAUGCUAGCGAGGUGGAAAGGGUCUUCCGUGGAGAAGACUCAGCGCCACAUAGACCUUCAAUGCCAUCAUUGAAUUACUACAAGCACAAAUUGAGGAAAGACUUUUUUGGCGCCGAAAAAGAUUGCGCGGGAGUUAUUGCAGUACAUGGCGAUUCAUGGGCUGCUUUUCGUACCAAAGUGUCGCGUGUGGCACUCAGCACGGGUGCUGCAGCACAGUAUACUGAGCAAGUUGCUGAGGUGGCUGACUGUUUUAUAAAAAGAAUACGCGAAAUACUGGACGCAAAUCAAGAGACCCCAAAAGAUUUUCUAAAUGAAAUUCACAAAUGGUCCCUAGAAUCCCUUGGCCUCAUAGCCCUAGAUACGCGUCUAGGCUGCUUCCAAUCCCGCGAAGGGUCAGAUAGUCAGCGACUAAUAGAUGCCGUUCAUACGUUUUUCCUGUGCGUGGGCGAGCUGGAGCUGCGAGCGCCCUGGUGGAGGGUCUACCCGACCGCCAUGUUCCGCAGAUAUGUGGCUGCACUUGAUACUAUAUUAGGUGUAACAAUGAGCCACGUAGAAAAGGCGUUGAAUUCAUGUGAUGAAAGCAACAAGUCCCUCUUACAAGAUCUGGUGAGCGCGGCUGGCACGAGGGUGGCCGCGGUCGCCGCUCUUGAUAUGUUUCUUGUUGGAAUUGAUACGACGUCCAACGCGGUAGCUUCUACUCUAUAUCAAUUGUCAAUGCGGCCACAAAUACAAGAUAGGUUAUACGAAGAAAUAACUAAUGUUUUGCAAGGCAGGUCGCUGAAAGCCGGUGAUAUUAACCAAAUGCCGUAUUUAAAAGCAUGUAUUAAAGAAGUUUUAAGAUUAUAUCCAGUUGUAAUUGGAAAUGGCAGGCAAUUAACUAAAGACACUGUUAUAUGUGGAUACAAAAUACCAAAAGGCACUCAAGUAAUCUUCCAACACUACGUAAUGGGUAACAGCGAAGAGUAUUUUACGAACGCUAAAGAGUUCGAGCCAGAACGCUGGUUGCAGCGGUCGUCUUUUAAGCACCCGUUUGCAUCUCUGCCAUUUGGUUUUGGUAAACGUAUGUGUUUGGGGCGCAGGUUCGCGGAGCUUGAAAUGCAUGUAAUGAUCUGUAAGAUGGUGCAGACUUUCAAAAUGGAAUAUCAUCAUGACCCAUUGGAUUAUCACAUUCACCCUAUGUACACUCCUAAUGGCCCACUGCGAAUUAAACUUAUUGAACGAUAAUCACUUAACGAAUUUAUUCAUUCAACUAAUGAAUCGUUAAUUCGUUUAAUGUACUUAAGUAAUGAAAAUGUUGUAUUUGUUAUUUCAUUAUAUGAAUUUUCAUAGCUUUAUAAGAUGUAGAUACUACAGUUAUUUUUGUAUGUUUAUUGUUUAAAAUAACUAGAUAAUAAUGCCCCUGAAUUUUAAUGUAAAAUUUUCGUACAUUAUCGGUUAUUUUCAUUGACAGAAGAAGCGAAACAGGAUAUAAUAAUAAAAGGAAGUUGUGAAACCGG